CGUGAAGUGGUGCGUAUGGCACCAAUAAACGCGAGUGUCUCUUCAGUCUACUCUCUAUAUAAGCUCUUUACCAGAACCUACAUCUGCUUCCCAUCUUUGCCCGUCGUUCGCCCCAUUUUCAUGGCUUCUCCCUCAUCUGCAACCGUUAGCGGAGUUGGGCUCACCACCAUCUCCGCUCUGCCAGCCGAUAUCCUGACCCACAUCCUCCAGCUCCUGGACGGGCCCACGUUAGCCUCCGUCAGCUGCGCCUCCUCCCACCUCCACGCCCUCUCCUCCGACCCACGCCUCUGGCACAACCUCUGCCGCUCCAUGUGGCCCUCAUCCGACCAUCCACGUGUCUCCCACCUCAUCUCCACGGCCUUCUCAGACGCCCACCACUCCUUCUUCUCCGACUCCUUUCCACUCCUCCCUCUCCACCCUCUUUCCCCACGUGUCCCCCACCCGCUCCACCAUCUAAUCUCAGCCGUCGAUCUCCACCACUGUGGCAUCCCGGUCUUCUCCAAGGUCCUCGAGACCGAGACCCGGACCGGCUGGUUCUUCAGCUCCCCUUUCCGCAUCGACGCCCUCGACCGUAAAGACCCGCCGCCGCCACCGCCUCCGGGGGAGAUCUCCGGCGAGACCCUCGCUGCCGACCUGACGCUGAGUUGGAUCCUAAUUGACCCGUCCGGCGGCCGGGCGGCGAACCUCUCCAGCCUCAGGCCGGUGUCCGUACAGCGGCACUGGUUGUCGGGGGAGAUCCAGGCCCGGUUCGCGACGGUCCUGAUUGCCGAGCCGGAGGGGGAGUGGAUUACGUGCGGGGUGCUGGUCACGUGUGGGGAGUGUGGGGAGGUGAGGGAGGUGAGCAUGCAGGUGGAGGACAUGGAUGGGAUGAGCUUGAAUGGGAGGGACAGUUUGGUAAUUUUGCAGAGGGCGAUGGAGGGGGGGAGGGCAACGAAGGAGAGGGAGAUAGAGAGGAUGAGAGAGAGGUAUGGGGAGUAUGUGAGGAGAAAGAGGGAGAAAAAGGAGAAGAAGUUGAGAAGAGAAGGGAGAUUGGAUUUGGCUUGUGUUCUUUUGGGCGUCCAUGUUUUCUCUUCUUUUCUAUGGUUUGUUUUCUUCCGGUGAUGAGGAAACUUCAGUGAUGGCCCAUCAGUCCGUAAAUGCCUCUUUUCUGUGUUGAAUGAUAGCCGUUGAUAUGUUGAGGCCCCAUUUUAUGAAAUGGUGUGGAUCAAGGGACACUGCGCCCCACUUAUACAUACUGGAAGUCGGAACUGUACCAUACAAUGUAAUCGGAAGACACAUUUUCGUGUUCGGGAUUUGAGUGCUCCUGAUAUUCUUGCUUUCCGUGUAGGAUCUCACUGUAAAUCAUGUACAUCCUAGCCAUUGAACCCCUAACGUUUUAAACAAUUUAUUGUCUUAGUGAUC